UGUAUUUCCCGGGAUUAGUCUGGCAAUGUUGUUUUUCUGAUUGUAAACAUAAUCGAAAUGAUUAUUUGUAGGUGUUAUCGCUAAAUCAAUCCAAUGAGACAUUUCAUCGUGUUUACUACAAACUUGUUUAGCACCUUGGCACCGCACACGAGUGGCCGAUGUAUUAUUCAUUAGUUGACUGUGCUCACGAAAGGAUACAAAUCAACCUUCCAAUGGAUAUCAAUUGCUUUCCCAGCGAGGUGCUCUGCUGUAUAUUUGAUUUUCUUUCGUGGACCGAUCGGAAACGUACUUCUUUGGUGUGUCGACGCUGGAAUGGUAUCAUCAAUUCGGACCGUUAUCUACGUCAGGCCAAGCUGGUCCUGUACAACUAUACCAAAGUGCAAUUCUUUUCAGGAGUUGAAGUAGGCCUGAUUAAUAUUCAGAGAAAUAUAGAAUUUCACUCGAGUGCAAUGCUUGAUACAGAAGAAAUUUUGACGACGGUAUCGGAGGCAUUCCCGAGCGGUGAAGCAGUAGUUGAAUGCGUAAAUCUGUUUCUGAGAUCAGACCAUGAGCAGCUUUGCAAUUUGGUGAUAGUUAAUUUACCGAAAUUGAAACAACUGAAGCGCUUGAAUAUUUUGGCUAACGAGGGUUUCAGAACAUUGAACAAGGGAUUACAAAUUGAAAGCCAGACAUUGGAAUACUUGAAGCUGUCUUUUUACCAACACACACCGUGCCACCUACAUACACCAAACCUUACAUCGCUAAAUAUAGUAGCACGAUAUCAAAGUGAUAGUGAUCUACUACAUGCUGUUAGCCGACAACUUAGUGAAUUGACAGUUAUUUUUCAGUCCAAAGACUUAGUUGCACAGCUUUUCUUAUGCAACUUUGAAAAUCUGGAAAAACUACACAUUACGAUAGAAAAUGACAAAUACCUACCGUACACUGUUUCGCCAACUCCUGUAAGCAGCUGGAACGAAUUAAAUGUGUUUAUUGGUUCGAUACGAAGAUUGAAAACAUUAGAAGUGGUCGACAAAUGUAACAUGCUGCGGCACAAUUAUUUGAAGGUGUUCACUCAUGCAGAGAAUCUAGAAUAUCUUACUGUGAACUACAUAAUACUGGACUGGACAAUAGUUGAGUUUAUCUCCUAUUUCAAAAAACUGCAGUACCUGAAUCUACGUGGAUGUUCAACAGCUGGAGAACCCAUUCGGCUCGAUUUGCCACAUCUCAAAGAACUGCUGAUGCCCUAUAAACAUUACUCUACUUUACCAUGCACGAAUCUAUGUCAUUUGACUACACUUUCAUAUAGUAGUUCCCAAAAGAAUCAUGCUCAAUUUAUCCACCAAGUCACCAAAACAUUUACAAAUUUGAGGACAUUGAACCUUUUGAACUUUGACUACGAAUUAUCGUCCUGUGCCUUCGAGUUCCUGGAUCACCUCAGGUUACUUAAAACGCUGACCAUUCGUGACAUGUCAGUGUCGAAUCAGUUAUUCAUCAACUGUCCACAGCUUCCUUCUCUGCAAAAACUUGAUCUCAACACUAUCGUUACGGAAAUUUCUCUACUGGAAUGUUUCCCGCAAAAGUUCCGGCAUCUGUACAAACUUAACAUCGACAACUGUUUCUUUUACAUUUUUACUACCGAUGAAACGAAGAAUCAAAUAACGUUCGCACAAUUAAGGAAUCGGAUGCCACGCUGUCGAAUCUCAACAAUUGACUCCACGGUGUUUACAAAUGAACAAUAUGACCAAAACCCAAUUUACAUUCCUGGUUAGAUAAAUUUAAGUAAACGAGAUUUGUUUUUAUGUUGCAUAAGUUGUUAGUGCUGUUGUUUUAGUGUGUAGAUCAGCUUUGUGACAAUAACAAUAAAGUGAUAAUUUGUUUUAAUUUCAAUUAUAUGGGCAUAUUGCAACCCUUCGAGUAAAAUUUCAUCGACUGUCUUUAUUUAUUGUUCAAAUAUGGUAACGAACGGGUAAGAGUCUGCUUUCCACACUCCUAUAUUCCAAUAAAGUA